UCGGCGCGGACGGCAGGUAGGCCCCUGCGUUCGGGGGGGCGCUGGAGUCCUUCCGAGGGGCGCCGCGCGGCAAGCGGACACCUACAGCUGGCUGAACGCAGGCAACGCCGAGGGCAGCCGGGCGAGCGCUGGGGCUUGCGGCGGCGCCGGUCGAAGGCGGGACAGGAAGGCCCGGGCCGCGCCGCAGCUUCUCCCGCGUAGGGAGCAGGCUCGGGCCGCGGUCCCCUCUGGGGGUGCCCCCACCCCAGGCCGCUUCAGAGGACACGUGUCGGGACGCUGUCGUCUUACCCAUGUCAUAGCCCCUCCCCCAGGUCCGGGAUCCCCGUCCGGCCGGCCCCAUUAUCCCCCGGCCCACCCCUUGCGCUGGCCCGCGGUCCCGGCCGGGUCCCUCUCCUCACCCGUCCGUCUCCCUGGGCGGCGAGUGGCUCGGCCCCCCGCAGAAGACACUCGUCAGCACGUUCUCACCCUGUCAUCUCCUCUCUCCGCCUAGCUCGUCCCCGGCCGAGAGACCCCGGCCCCCUCCAGCCCAUUGUCCGCGGGCCCAGCCCCGCGCUGACCGCAGGCUUGGCCCUACCUACCCCCCAACCCCCCGCCCUCGCACCUCGGCGCGUCUCCCCGGACAACGCGCGGCGCUCCGGGAUGCAGCCCGCGGGGUGGGCGGCCGUCAGGGAGGCGGCAGGCCGUGACGUGCUGGCCGCCGACCUGCGCUGCAGCUUCUUCGCCUCGGCCCUGCGGAGCUACAAGCGCGACUCAGUGCUGCGGCCCUUCCCCGCGUCCUAUGCCCGCCACGACUGCAAGGACUUCGAGGCCCUGCUUGCAGAUGCCAGCAAGUUACCUAACCUGAAAGAACUUCUCCAGUCCUCAGGAGAAAAAGACCCAUGGGCCUGGGACCUGAUGAGCUGGAUUUUAUCGUCAAAGGUCCUGACAAUCCACAGUGCAGGGAAGUCAGAGUUUGAAAAGAUCCAAAAGCUGACUGGUACCCCUCACACGCCUGUCCCCGUGCCGGACUUCCUGUUUGAAAUCGAGUACUCCGACCCAGCCAAUGCCAAAUUUUAUGAGACCAAAGGAGAACGCGACCUCAUCUACGCCUUCCACGGGAGCCGCCUAGAGAACUUCCACUCCAUCAUCCACAAUGGCCUGCACUGCCACCUGAACAAGACAUCCUUGUUUGGGGAAGGGACCUACCUCACCAGUGACCUGAGCCUGGCCCUCAUUUACAGCCCCCAUGGCCACGGGUGGCAGCACAGUCUCCUCGGCCCCAUCCUUAGCUGCGUGGCUGUGUGCGAGGUCAUUGACCAUCCAGACGUCAAGUGCCAAACGAAGAAGAAGGAUUCCAAGGAGAUAGAUCGCAGGAGAGCGAGAAUCAAGCACAGUGAAGGGGGCGACGUCCCUCCAAAGUACUUUGUGGUCACUAAUAACCAGCUCUUGCGCGUGAAGUACCUGCUGGUGUACUCGCAGAAGCAGCCCAACAGCAGGGCUUCCAGCCAGCUCUCCUGGGUCUCCAGCCAUUGGUUUACGGUCAUGAUCACCCUGUAUCUGCUGCUGCUGCUCACAGAGAAGAAAGAGGCUUGGAGAGGUGACUGCCCAAGGUGAAAAAGCCCCAAAGAGGCAGAGCCAAAGCUGACUCUAGAGCUGAAAUAAUAAGACAGGUAAAUGUGAGGCUGCAGCUAGAGGAGCUGCCUGAGCAAAAGGGAUCUGGCCUGAUGGGGUAGGAGGCUGGAGUGGGCAGCACCAGGCUCAAGGUGUGCCAAGGGAGCUCACUUCCCAGGCAAAGACUGUUAGCUCUGCCAUGUCUCAUAAGCACAGUGCACCUGGAUGCUGGAAACAGGCAUCCACACUAUCCCCCGACACCCACACUAUAAUGAGAGCUUUGGGCUCAGCUUCAUUCACCUUUCUAGCCCCGUCAUUGCAGACCCAGUAGGUGAGCUCUGAGGGGCACAUGGCACUGCAUGUGGGGCACGGAGGGACGGCCUCUCCUUUCCACCCCCACUGCCUGCUCAGAGAUUGGGCCAUCAGCCUACUCUGAUUCAAUUGACUUCUUCUAAACCUUGCAUCCAGGGGCUGCCAGCAGCCAAAUCCCCCUGAUUGUCUGAGAUGUUCCCGACAUCAGAGAAUAAACAGUCUCCCCUGUCCAGCCAGCUGUGCUGAGCAGCAUUCCUGUCUCCCAGCCUGCUUGGCCGGGUGGGGCUGCAGCCCUGUGUCCACCUCCAGCAGAGGCCUGGGGGGGCCUGGUGAGUAGCUGGAAGGGAGAGGGGAGGUGACCAUCUGUGUUCAGACUGCACAGCACAUUCCUGUGUCUGAGUCCCCAUUGCACCCCCCUGCCAGGCACCUCAGCCGCUCCUGGCACAAGCUUUUUAUUUGUACUAAUGACUCUUGUGACUUCAGACAAGGUCAAGACAAGGCUACUGUCCCUAGGUUUGGAGCCCCUUCACCCGUGCCCAGAAAGCUGCCUGGGGAAUUUGAAGCUCCUACAUCAUUCUAGGUAGAUCUGAAGGCAUCACACCCCUAAGGCUUGUUUUACAGAGGUGGGCAUCGUAAGUCAGUGCAGAAGCAAGGCAAGACCCCAGGGUUUUUUUAUUUUUUUUGCUGUCCACUACCUUGGAAUGUUGUGGCUAGAAUGACGUGAGGGGCUCUGGGUGAGAGGGGCAGCCCAUGUUUUUGGAGAGGAGCAGAGGUGUUUUCAUCCUACGCCUGUUUUGGAGAUCAGGCUUGUGGCCGAGCCAUUUCCUGAGGAAGCAGUCUCUGGAAAAGCACUGUUCACCCGCCCCUCCUAAAUCAUCCUGUUGGGAGUGGAGCUGGGGCAGCAGGACCUGAGUGGAGCUCUGCCACGUCCAGGAUCCAGUGCCCAGUCGAGGCUUGGCCAGGGUAUAGGAGGCAGCCAGGGCCAGAGGGCAGAUUACUUGGGAAGGGGCUGCCCCGGCCAGCACACACCAUCUGCUUUUCUGCCCUAGGGCUCUGGCCUGGGACUGCAGGGGAGGAGAGAGAAUACCUCAGCCUGUCUGCAGAAAGAAUUCCUCUAGGAGCCCCCUCUGGCCGCAGACAGUGUGGGAGCCCAGGGUAGCCCGGGGGUCUCUGUGGACGGCUGUCUAACUUUCAGUCUGUCUUGGGCUUAUUCUUUUGUCUUUGGCUGCCUGUAUCAGUGUGGAUUUACGUGACUGUUCCACGUUUGUAUGUGUAGGCAGCUGCAUUUCCAGUUGGAAUUGGAUUCCUCAGGGGGAAAUUGUGUGCUUCUGUGUUUGUGUGCAUGUGUAUACAUCCACAUCUCUGUGUAAGCGCGUGUAUAGGGGUAUCUUCGAGGGAAAGUGUGGGCCUCUGUGUCUUUGCAUAGAUGAGUAGGUCUAUACCUGGUGGGAGUACACAUGUGAGCAUUUAGGUUAGUUUGGUAAAAACUUGCGCUUGUCUUUGUUGAUGUAUUAAGUUGAGGCAUAUGUGUCUUUGAGAGCAAGGGCAUAUAUUUGUCACUGAUAUGUUGGUGAGUCUCUGAAAGCGCGGAUGCUUGUCUGUUUACAUUUGUGCAGAAGCAUUCAUUCAUUCAGUCUUCAUUCAUAAAGUGAUUUGCUCAUUUACUAACAGACAUCUUCCAAGUGCUUGCAUUGUGACUGGCCCUAUGCUUGCACAGGGGAUUUAGAGAGGUGUCUAGCUCAUGUCCUAACAUUUGAAAGACCCCGGGGAAGUGUACAAAUGAAGGCUUACAUUCAUGUCUAAAUAUUUCAGUGUUCUAAGUCAAAACAGCAAGAAGCUAAAUGAAAGGCUCCUAAUAACUGGAGGGCUGGGUUUGAUUUGGAAUUCCCAACUCCUGAGUUUUGUGCUGAAAUUCAGCAACACAGAGCGAGUGGCCCCAGCCUCUCCUUCCCCAUCCUGGCUUCAUCCUGUAGCUCACAUGCAUGCGUAAUUCUUCACAUGUGUCCAGACUCCAUGUGUGUAUCCCCCUUGGCCACCCUUUGCACCUAGGGGUGCCCACACCACUGCCAAAGUCUGCCAUAUGGCUGUGAACCGGAACUAAUGCAGUCUCAUAUACCUGGUUUGUAGUCUAGGAGUGGGGCCUGGGUUCCUGGUGGGCCCAUCCUCUUGACCCCAUGGAGUUCUCACUGUGUGGGAUGGUGGGGGUCAGAAUAGAGCCAGAGUGUGGCCAUCUAAAAGGUAGACCUGGAGUAAGGACCCUUCCUGCUUGUUUUCUCAUAGAACAGUCCUGUGUGCUUGUGUGUACAUGGCCGUGGACGUGUUUUCCUGUUCAUCAUUGUUGUGUCUUCUAGAGGGCGGAACCCACAGCUUUUCUCCCACUCUUCCCUCACCUGACUUAGUGAGGACUUAGGACUGUCAGACAGGCUGGGGUGGUGGGAGGAACACUGGCCUGAGUCCGAGUCACUAUCCUGUGCUCAGCUUGGACCUGCUCUGUGAUCUGGCCUCAGUUUCCUCAUCUGUUGGAGUGGCAACGUUGGAUUACCAUGUCUUUAAUUUACAAGCCUUACUUGGUUUACGGAAGGAGUGAGAUUGAUUUCCGGAGUUAAUUACUUUCUAGAAGUUCAAAUUGGGAAUGCUUAGUUGUAGACUGCCUGGGUUCAUAUAGAACCAGGUUUGAAUGCCAGCUUUGCCAUAUGUGCUGUGCCUCCUGUAUGGUUACUCUCCCGCAGGAUGGUGGUGGUGAUUGAAUAAGAUAAACAUGCAUAAAGGGUGGAGCAUCAUACCAGGCUCACAGUAGAUGUUCAAUAAACAUUAGCUUCUGUCCUCAUAUAGGGUCUUUCCAGCUUUCUUACCUUAUAAAUUCUGGGUUAGUAGACAUGUCUAAUUGAGAUAAUUGGAACCUCAUGUUUGGGGAGCUCAGGCGCUAUAUUGCUUGAGGGGGCACAGUUGGAUGAGACAGUCUGGCCCUUAAAUGCCUUCUGAGAAGCUGCCAACUCGAAUAUGUGUGAGCCUCUCCCUCCACUCCAUUCUCUGAUUUGGACCUUUGACAUUUUCUUUAAUUUUAUGAAAAGCUCUAUGGAACAUAGAUCCAACACCUUUUUCUGACCCAAUCCUGCCCUGAGCCCAUCUCUGAUGCUCCGGGAUGCUGAGCUAAGUAGGGGUCAGGCCACAGGGAGGAGCUGGGUCGGGUAAGGCCUCAGGCUGCCCGACAUGUCUGGGCCUGUCUGACACCAGCCCCAGUAGUGGGCAGCCCCAGCUAGGCGGAGGGCACCUGUCUUCCAUGAUUGAUACUCCUGGGAGGGCAGCACUCUGCUCCUGAGCACAUGGCCUUAGGAUCCUGGAGCACUGCGGAGGCUAAGGAGACCUCCAUAGCGCCUGUUCCCCCAAGUCUUCCAGAAUGGCUAAGUUCCAGCAGGAAUGACAUGGAGGGGGUUGGGAGAGGGCAGGUGACAGCGUCUCUCAGCCAGGGCUGGUGGGAGUGACCAUCUUGGGAAUCCCCUGGAGCUUGUGAAAACUGGCAGCUCUUGGACUCUCCGGAAAUAUCCCUGACCUGGAGGGAAUGAGGGAGGGGUCUAGGACCUAGCCAGGGAUUCUGAAUUGAGAAAUGCGCUGAGUAUGAGUUCAGGGUAGCUGACGUGCUGAGGGAGGCCCUCAAGGAGAGGGUCUGCCCUUGAGAUCAUCCUGGGCACCCCUCUGACCCACCUCUCCACACACACACACACAUGGGUGAUGGAGAACUGGUUUGAUGAUCUCUUAGCUCCAGAGGUGACUGGACAGGUGGGAGCAGCUUAAACUGCAAAAGUCCCUCUGGGAGUUAUUUUGAUAUCCCCCCAUCAUCACUGGACUGCUCUAUUUGGAGCCAGAACUGGAAAUUUUCCUCUUAAAAAAAAAAAAUGAAAACAAGGGCACAAGUGGGUUGAGCCCAAAAUAAUGUGUUUAAGGAAAUUUCUGCUUCAUGCUGGCUAGGACAGGGAAUGUCUGGUCAAAGAGUUGCUGACGGCCAGGGUCUCUGUAAGUAAACAGACCGCCUCUGAUGGCCACCCUGAGCUCAUUUCCCUCACCGGUGUGCGAGGAGGGUGAUGUCACCCGAGGAGGGCCUCCUGGUCAUGCAGUUUGUCAGUGAGUAGGUUGGAGGCCCAGUGAGCGCCAGCGGUCUCAGUGCGGCUGUCCAGUUAUUGUGAACAGCUGCUUCUCAUGCAGGCAGUUCUGAUACCCUCCUACACAUGCUCGUCUGUGACAGGACUCCAGCCACAUCCAUGAUCUCACAGCUGAGGGUGUUCCUGGGAAACUUGGGAUUCACUGUGCAGUCCCUUGCUUCCAUGCAAGGCCCCUUCUUCAACCAGAGAGCUGGGGAGAGAGGCACCUAGGUUGGGUUCAGUUGCAGGGAGUGGCCUCUGGAAGUACAGGCCCGUGUCCUGCCCCUGUGGACAGCAGGCUUUGGCGGCACGCACCACUGCCUGUCUCUUGGGGCCAGACAGCCAGGUCCACUGGGGGAGUUUCCAUGAGCAGAGGGCCCAAUUCAGGGGAGGUGGAGUGAGGAAGAAGCCACAAAACUCUCUCUCUGUCUCCUGAACAGGCUCUUGCUAAGCACAGCGGUCGCCAGGUAAGGCUUUUAUGGCGUUUGGAAGCCCUGCAGCAGUUGUUGAGGAGCAGCUGCCAGGGGUUGGCUCAUGCUCUGUAGCCUUCUCCCUAGUCACCCUGUACCAUCCUCACCUUCCCUCCCGGCUGGGUGGUGGGGAGCUGUGAGCCUCCAAGUAGACAGGUGGCCAGAAGCUUCUUGGCAGUGAGCCUUAGCUUUUCAUUUCUUUGUAUC